AUGUACAAUAACGAUUGUCAAAUAUACAAUAACGAUGGCGAUUUAGACAAUAACGUGGAUUCAGGUGAAAAUGAAGAGGAUUUAUCAAUUAACCAUGAAAGUAACGAUUUAGAGUCUAAUAUAGACGCUGAAAAUAUUGCUGCCCCGUCUGAAUUUUAUACUGAAGAAAAAAAUGAAUGUAUAAAUGAAAUCAGGAAUGAAAAUAGCGCCCAAGAAGGGGAAGAUGAUGCUGAAACAAAAAGUGACAAAACGUCAUCAAAAUCUAAAACAAAAGCGUUCGAGAAGAUUCUUCUACCGUUUGAAGAGCAGAAGGCGGAUUUAGAACAGCAGAGAAGGAGUAAGAAGUAUUUAGAAUCUGAGUUCAAAUGCUUUAACUGCGCCCUCGGGUUCCUCUUCAAGGAUACAUACCAGACACAUAUGAUGAGGCAUGAAGAGUCAAACGGCGAAUACAGGUGUGACGUCUGCUCCUUACGUUUCGCGACAGGAGCAGUGCUAAGGUCCCACGCGAUGCUCCACAGCGUACGCUAUCGAUGUCUCGUCUGCUCGGAAUGGGUGCGAGCUCGCCAAACUACAACGCACGCUAAAUAUUGCCACCGGACCGCCACAUCAGCCACAUGCCACCUCUGCGGCCGGCUUUUUCAGGAUUCAAGUGGUCUACAUCAGCAUUUGAAAAGGUUUCAUAUGACACGAACUGGGAAUCGAACCUACUCCUGCAGCGUUUGUGGAAAGAAUUAUAACAACCAAGCCGCUGUUAGGACGCAUAUGAUAAAGCACAUCCAUCGAAAAUUUUCUUGCGACCAAUGCAGUUCAGUGUUUAGUAGCCCCUACACUUUGUCUCAACAUAAGAAAAAACAUCUACGAACAGAAGAGAGUAAAGAAUUCUUCUGUGAUACCUGUGGAGUCUCUUACUCAACUAGAAAGAGCCUUCUGGCUCAUCAGAGACAGUCACUCAACCACCAAACUCGAUCAUACGAUUGUCCAAUUUGCAACAGAGCGUGUCCGAACGAGAAAUCUUUAGCGUCACACAUAUCUGCAGUACAUUCGUCAACGAAAGACUUCUGUUGUUCCACAUGUUCAGCUCGUUACACAAACAGGAAAUCUCUGAUACGACACAUAAAGUCACAUACGAACCCGACUCCGAUUAAAUUGGCAUACUGUCAUAUAUGCGGGAAUAGUUUCAAAGGUAAAAGUAAAUUGAAUAGGCAUCUCAGAGAAGUCUGUGAGAAGGACAAAUUGGAAGAAGAAUUAUCAUCUUACUAUGAUCAACAGCAUGUGAUUUAAGUCGCCUGGACAGUCACCGCUACCAUCAGUUGACUGGACAAUCUCUUUACAUGAGCUGCUGUUUACAUGUGAACAUUAGCGCAUGACGAUACCUAAGUACGUGUGUCGCCUGGACAGUCACCGCUACCAUCAGUUUUUAGAGGUAUGAGGAACAGGGUGGUAAGUUCCUCAUCCUCCAUUGAAAAGGGAGGAUCCUCCGACCAGGCGAGGUGUUCGUGCCUGGUGGGCUACCGCCCGACGGUUGUUGUCGGGAUAUC